AGCCAGCUGCGGUCUGCGCUUUGCAAAGCAUGCAGUUAGGGGAGCAGCUCUUGGUGAGCUCGGUGAACCUGCCUGGCGCGCACUUCUACCCUUUGGAGAGUGCGCGGGGCGGAGGCGGCGGAAACGCCGGCCACCUCCAGGGCGCAGCCCCCUCGCCACAGAGGUUGGACUUAGACAAAGCGCCCAAGAAGUUCUCGGGCAGUCUCUCGUGCGAGACGGGGAGCGGGGAAUCCUCAGCAGCCAGCGCGGGGGCCCCCGCGGCCAUGCUCAGUGACGCCGACACCGGGGACGCCUUUGCCAACGCCGCAGCAGUGGCCAAACCAGGGCCCCCGGACGGCCGCAAGGGCUCCCCCUGCGGGGAGGAGGAGCUGCCCUCAGCCGCCGUGGCCGCUGCGGCUGCCGCAGCUGCUGCCACCGCGCGCUACUCCAUGGACAGUCUGAGUUCCGAGCGCUACUACCUCCAGUCCCCCGGGCCUCAGGGCUCCGAACUGGCCGCGCCCUGCUCGCUCUUCCCGUACCAGGCGGCAGCCGGGGCGCCCCACGGAUCUGUGUACCCGACUCCCAACGGGGCGCGCUACCCCUACGGCUCCAUGCUGCCCCCCGGCGGCUUCCCGGCGGCUGUGUGCCCACCCGGGCGGGCACAGUUUGGCCCCGGAGCCGGCGCGAGCAGCGGCGCGGGCGGCAGCGGCCCCGGGGGAGGCGGCCCGGGCGCCUAUCAGUAUGGCCAGGGGGCUCCGCUUUAUGGGCCCUACCCCGGGGCGGCAACCGCGGGCUCCUGCGGAGGUUUGGGGGGACUAGGGGUUCCUGGUUCCGGCUUCCGUGCCCACGUCUACCUGUGCAACCGGCCUCUGUGGCUCAAAUUCCACCGCCACCAAACGGAGAUGAUCAUUACGAAACAGGGCAGGCGCAUGUUUCCUUUCUUGAGCUUCAACAUAAACGGACUCAAUCCCACCGCCCACUACAACGUGUUCGUAGAGGUGGUGCUGGCAGACCCCAACCACUGGCGCUUCCAGGGGGGCAAGUGGGUGACCUGCGGCAAAGCCGACAAUAACAUGCAGGGUAAUAAAAUGUACGUUCACCCAGAGUCUCCUAAUACUGGUUCCCACUGGAUGAGACAGGAGAUUUCCUUUGGGAAAUUAAAACUCACCAAUAACAAAGGCGCAAAUAACAACAACACCCAGAUGAUCGUUCUACAGUCUUUACACAAGUACCAGCCCCGGCUGCACAUUGUUGAAGUUACUGAGGAUGGCGUGGAGGACUUGAACGAGCCCUCGAAGACGCAAACCUUUACCUUCUCAGAAACACAGUUCAUUGCAGUGACUGCCUACCAAAACACCGAUAUCACUCAACUAAAGAUUGAUCAUAACCCCUUUGCAAAAGGCUUCAGGGACAACUACGAUUCCAUGUACACCGCUUCAGAAAAUGACAGGUUAACUCCAUCUCCCACGGAUUCUCCUAGAUCCCAUCAGAUUGUCCCUGGAGGUCGGUACGGCGUUCAGUCCUUCUUCCCGGAGCCCUUUGUCAACACUUUACCUCAAGCCCGAUAUUAUAAUGGCGAGAGAACCGUGCCACAGACCAACGGCCUCCUUUCACCCCAACAGAGCGAAGAGGUGGCCAACCCUCCCCAGCGGUGGCUUGUCACACCUGUCCAGCAGCCUGGGACCAACAAACUAGACAUCGGUUCCUAUGAGUCUGAAUAUACUUCUAGCACCUUGCUCCCGUAUGGUAUUAAGUCCUUGCCCCUCCAGACGUCCCAUGCCCUGGGGUAUUACCCUGACCCAACCUUCCCUGCCAUGGCAGGCUGGGGCAGUCGAGGUUCGUAUCAGAGGAAGAUGGCCGCUGGACUCCCAUGGACCUCCAGAACAAGCCCUCCUGUGUUCUCUGAAGACCAGCUCUCCAAGGAGAAAGUCAAAGAAGAAAUUAGCUCUUCUUGGAUAGAGACACCCCCUUCCAUCAAGUCUCUGGAUUCCAAUGAUUCAGGGGUGUACACCAGUGCUUGUAAGCGAAGGCGACUGUCUCCUAGCACCUCUAGUAAUGAAAAUUCUCCCUCCAUAAAGUGUGAGGACAUUAACGCUGAAGAGUACAGUAAAGACACCUCAAAAGGCAUGGGGGGGUACUAUGCUUUUUACACAACUCCCUAAAGAGUUAUUUUAACCUCGUAAAAAUGAGCUAACUUUUUGCAAAUGGACUUGGUGGUGUUUUUUGUUGUCUUCUUUGCCUAGGUUGCCAAAAAGAAGUUUGCCUUCCACCUUGAUGCAUCCUGUUUUGUGCAAUUCUCUAAAAGAAGGUGCCAAAGCUUUUUGAUUGCUGCAGGUAACUGAAACAAACCUAGCAAUUUUUUUUCUUUUUAAAAUAAAGUUAAUGGAGGACUUUAAAGUGUUUUAAAAUUUGAAGGCUAUUCAAGGUUCUGGAUUUUUAUUUAUUGGAGACACUAAACAUUCAGAGAUCCAGGCUGUGAAGAUUGAGUGCUGAGUGCUAUCAAGUUAGUUGAAGGCUUUGGCCCUCCAUUUCUAUUUGUAAAUCCCUAAGCAAAUAGAAGCCCAGAGAGUUACAGUGGGCUUUUGCUUUUGAAAGAGAAGGGCUGGGCCUUCCUUCAGCUUCAACUGGGGACUCUAUGCUCUUACCUUCAGCUAGGGACAGAAGAUGUUAGGCCUGGGAGGCAAAAAAAAACUUUUGUGAAGGUGCUGGUUUUCCCUGACUGUAAUUCCUCCCUGGCUUUUGAAACAAGCCAUGUUUGCCCUAGUUCAGGAUAGCCUCACUUGUUAGGCCUCUGCUUUAUGCAGGGGUGGCUCGUGAGACUCAGGAGUGGCCAAGGGAGGGAGU